ACUUUUCACUAUGUAUUCCCCUUUUGACCACUCAGGUAUCCGACUUCCUCCACUUAGGUUGGACCAAAACAAUCAGCCGCGGUCUUUUCAAGAGUUUUCAGACGCAGCCCCAAACUUCAGCCGCCCACCUGUUAUCAACCAACUGGAACCAGAGUCAAGCUUGAAGAGGACACAGCACUCAGAAACUGCACUCGGCCAUGCCAGUCAUGCUGUAACUACAUCCCAACAGAUGCAGCAGAGGUAUUCAUCUCCUGGAAGAGAAAAGCGCACCAGCUGUUCUGCAACCCAAGAUAGCACACAUCACGAAGCUGCACAUCCUGCUCAAGAAACAUCUCCUCAUCCCAACGCUCAUUUUCGUCAUCAUCAUGACGCUCGUCAUCAUUACACUGACGCUUAUUCUUAUCCGACAAAUGAAUUACCUGAAUGUGAACAGGGCAUUGAUGAUGCGACUGGGCUUUCCGCACUGGAAACAGCAACCGGUGCAUGCGGGCGUUUUGAGACGUCAAUGCCAUGUGCAGACAAUUCACCUGAUCAUUACCAAUAUGAUUCUUUGAUUGCACGCAAUCCAAUGUGGAACGAACUGAAUAGUGCGCUGGUGCAUCUACAGAGAAUGCUAGUUGUACCUUAUCAGUUCAACACCACUCCUCUACGGCGAAGAUGUAAGCAAAGUUACAGACAGGGCCAACAGAUUCAGCGCAUGCCUCUUGAACAAUACAACCAGCCACCCCACGUUAUCGAUCAAUUGUCGACUUCAUCACCACGCACGAGACUCUCCUUACCACAAUACUCCACCAGCACCCUACUGUGUGAGGACAUAUCUCAGCCUCAGCCCACCCGCACAAACUCCAACGCUUCGCAGACGUUAACAAAAGGUUACGAGGUCAGUUCAAGGAGUCACACCAAUUUGCCGGGCUUCCAACAGGAGACACAAUCAGGCAUACCAGACGAUGCACAAUCAGGCAUACCGGACGAUGCACAAUCAGGUACACCAGAAGAGGUUGCUAGGACUCGUAAGCACCUCACAAGGGCUGCUCGGGGGAAAUUGAAGGAGAAACCACACAACACCAGGAGAGUUCCUCUUAAUAUAGAAGAAUCUCUUGUCAGUUGGGCGAAGUCACUAGGCGAACUCGAUCUCAAACCAACUCAGGAUGAACUUAUAGCCCAGACCAAGAAUGCACUGGCUAAGGUAGGAGACAAGGGGAUAUUAGGACAAAACUGGGUUAAAAACUUUUUGCAGAGGCAUCCCUCUGUACGAGUGCGAGAGGCUAAUUCUGAGCCUGACACCACUUGCGUUAGUAUUUUAGACUAGGAC